GCCUGCCCUCGCGAGGUGACUGGGUUGAGAGCUGCGCCGCGCUGCUGCUGCUGUUUUGUCUUCUGGGCCUCUUUCGCCUGAUAACAACCAAUUCCUGAAGGAAGGAAGGAAGGCGGGCGGGCGGGCGGCGAGGACUGGGCCACGGGCGGCGGCUGGGGGCACUAUGAAUGAAGAGCAGUUUGUUAACAUUGACUUGAAUGAUGAUAAUGUUUGCAGUGUAUGCAAAUUAGGAACAGAAAGAGAGACUCUCUCAUUCUGCCACAUUUGUUUUGAGCUAAACAUUGGAGGAAUACCAAAGUCUGAUCUUCUGCACACAAGUUCAUUAAGGGGACAUAGAGACUGCUUUGAGAAAUUCCACUUAAUAGAAAAACAGAGUUGUCCACGGUCAAAACUCUCCAAGAGUACAUACGCAGAAGUGAAAAACAUCUUGAGCAAGAAAAUUAACAGGAUUAUACAGUAUGCACAAAAUAAAGAUUUGGAUUCAGAAGGUUCAAAACAAACACAGCACUGGCUUUUUAGCUUUAGACAUCAGAGAGAAAGAAAGCUACUUCCACAGUCAGAUUCCCAGGUUCCUAAAUAUUCUGCAAAAUGGAUAGAUGGAAACACUGAGAGUAUUUCAGACGGCUCACAAAAUAUCCUAGAAUCAAGGGAGUCCAGUGAUUUUCGACUUGAUAUACUUCAACAGACAGGUAGUACAUUUUGUUGUAGUAAUACAUUGUGGCCCAAUCAUAACCAGCCAUCAGAAAUUGGAAAAACUAAAAAAGAUUCCAAUGCCUGUGUCCGAAGGAGACGUCUUCAGUACAGCAGGGAACAGUUGAGUUUAAUGACUCUUAAAGAGGUGGAACAGCUGAAUGAAAAGAUAUUCAAGCAAGUCCAAGAUGUGUCUAAAGAACUGACUGAGCAACUACAGGAGAAGGACUCCUUGACUUCACAACUUAAUGGCCGUCACAUUUCUAUUGAGCAACUGUUAAAGAACUGUUCAAAAUUGCCAUGCCUUCAAAUGGGACGAGCGGGAAUGAAAUCGAAUAUAUCAAUAUAAACACAGCAAAACAUGCUUUUUCCAACAUUAUUGAUCUAUCCCAUAUGGUUACACAGUCAACCAGUAUUUUGGAAAAGGUAUUACAAGAUGCAGGGGAAGAUGCAUACAGUAUUAGAUACAUUGGGGGGGGAGGGCACAUUUGGCUCUGGAAGUUGCCUUUUCCUGUAAUUAGCAGUGUUCUUUGCAGUCGCAAAUGAUAAGUGUUUCAGCGUGUUUUAACAGAAAGACUUCUGACUGACUGUAAAUAACCAUGGAAGUGAAAUAUCAAGAAAUGAUGGUGCAACCAAUAUUCAUGGAAUCUACAUUUUUUUAUUUAUUGCAAGCAAUAUUUUAUUACUGAAAUUUUAUAUAAAGAACCAACUAUUUUAGGUACUUUUCCACAUCUCUUUAUAAAGAUUUUGAAUGAUUGUAAGUAACAUUUUGCCUUGUGUAAUGAUUGUUUAUCCCCUUUUCAGGUCAGUGUACUUAUAUUUCAUGAUGGAAAUUGUUUUAAAAAACUUGUUUCCCAAAGACACAAUCUCAGUGGCUGUAAUGCAUUAUUUUCCGUCUUCAACAGUGUAGAAUUUAUUGGGCAUGGAUUGUAUCUUAAUAGAAAAAAAUCUAAGCACACCACUCCUUUUGGAAUGACAGUUCAUAUUAUGUUAAUAUGUGCAGAAUUGGGUUUCAGUUUUGUAGGUGAAUUUCUAAUGCUUAAUACCAGUAUAUGGCUUCAAAGGAAUAAACCUGUAAUACCUCA